GUCCGACGCACAACUCUUCUACCGGCGGAUUGUGGUUGGAACCGAUGGUACCCUCAUUUUCAGCUUUCCUGAGCUCGCAGAAAUCCAUAGAGCUCUCUGACAGACUUCCAGGGACUUUGCAGGCAUUCAAGUCACUUUUAGGACAUGCAUACUCAGAGCAUUUUUUUCUCGUUUUAUGUUCUCAUCUCGUGCCGUAAGACACUUGUCUUUUAGUUCGAAAUAGGUUUCGUUCCUGAACUAUCACGAUUAUAAAUGAUUUCCUGUGCGGCUGACGUUCCCCCCACGUCUCACAUAAAAGAACUCGGAUACUCGUGUGGGGGUGUUCAAUACCUUCACAUUCCUCCGUCAUCUUACCAUAAUGACUGUCAUCGACUACGCAGCAGCAUACGGCUACAGCUCUCUAGUUGCGGCAAUCAUCUUUGCCGUCGCUUACGUUCCCCUUUGCGCAUUCUUUAUCGUGCAAUGCUUCCGAGCACUCACUUAUGUAUACAUCGUAUUGACUGUGUUCUGCACAAUUCGUGUUGGGGCAUUCGUCAUACGCGCUAUUAUGAUAGGCUCGGAUACCUCUGGCGAUAGCCUCGACCUCCUGGUUACAGAUCAAAUACUGUUUUCCAUUGGAUUUUUCGGCCUGCUUAACGCUGCUUAUACUCUCGUCUUGGAUCGGGACCUCUUGAGGAAGACUCUUCCCUCGGAAAACCCAAUAUCGCGCAUUUUCCGCAACCGCAGACUCUUCCACAUCAUCAUGAUCGUCGCCGUUGCACUCGGAGUCUAUGGAAUUACCUCAAGUAUGCACAACCCUACCAGCAGCGUCGCCUCUACGUGUCGGAAAGCCAGCGUCCUCAUCUUCCUGGGCCUCACCAUCGUGCAAGCAUUUCUUACAAUUGCAUCAAUAAACAAGGAGAUACAAGAUGGGUAUCGACCGAUGCAAGCAAGCAGCCUGGGGGAUAGAUAUGGCUCAUUCAUCCUUUGCGCCAUCUCUCUUCUCCUUCUCGUCCGCGAGGCGUUCAUGGUCGCUACCAUAACUAACUCUCAAAAGGAGGCCGAUGAGCAUUUCUGGUACCCACUUGUUGCACUGCCAGAGAUACUUGCCAUCAUGCUGUACUGUACACCGGGUCUUGUUCCUCCCCGGUCAAAGUUGCCUCAAUGAAUGAUUUAUCAGCCCGUUUGUAGUUUUGUAUAUUUAUUUAUUCGUGUAGAAAAAGUUGGCACAUACAUCGCUGUCUCUCAACAGCCCUGUCUUCAUAUCUAUAUGCGUCCUUUAAACUCAGAG